GUUUUUAUUUUUUGUUUGUUUGUUCUUGUCUAUUUGAGACAGGGUCUCCCUAUGCAGUUCAGGCCGGCCUUGAGCUCACUUUGCAGCCCCGGCUGGUCUUCAGCUUGCAGCGAUCCUCCUGCCUCAGCCUCCCGAGUGCCGGAUUGCAGACGUGCGCCACCACGCCAGGCCCGCGGGUUUUGUUCUUUGGGGACACAGCUUUGCCCGCAGCCCGGGCUGGCUUCGAACUCGCCGCGGCGCAGCGCCCCCGCCCGCGUUGUGGGGAUCUCGGCCCGCGCCCCCUCGUGUCGCCGUCUGCGCGGGUCCCUCCGCCCGCCGGGGCGCGCGCCCCGCCCUUCCCGGGGACGCCGCGCCUGCCUCGGCCUCGCUAUAAAGCGCGCGCCCCGGCGGGCGGCCGCAGAGAUGCGGCUCCCCCUAUGGUGCUGCUUGGGCGCCGCGCUGCUGGCCGGCCCGGGGUGGGCGCAGGCGGCGGCGGCGGCCGGGAACGCGAGCCGGGAGCAGGGCGAUGGCGGCGCUGGCCCCGCGUGCGCCGCGCGGCUGGAGCUGGAGCCGGGGCCGGGCGGGAGCUGCGGCCGGGGCCGGGCGGGCGGCGAGGAGUGCGCGCUGCAGGUGCGCCUGCCCCCGCUCACCAUCCCGCUGCCCGCGGCGCUCGGCAGGCUGGAGGAGGUGAUCAAGGAGAUGCAGACCCUCAAGGACGCCGUGGCCAGCCUGCAGAAGUCCUGCCAGGACUGCAGGCUGCAGGCCGACGAGCACGGAGAGCCCCCGCUGCCCCCCAGCCCCGGACCCCCGGGGCCGGACCAGGGCCUCCGCGUGCAGGACCUGGAGAGCCAGCUGCAGAAGCUGUCGUCGGAGCUGAAGGGCGCCCGGGAGGAGAUCGGCGGGCUGCAGCAGCGGCUGGAGAAGCUGAGCCUCGUAAACAUGAACAACAUCGAGAACUACGUUGACAGCAAGGUGGCCAACCUGACGUCCGUGGUCAACAGUUUGGACGGGAAGUGCUCCCAGUGCCCCAGCCAAGAACAGACGCAGUCCAGGCCCGUUCAACAUCUGAUAUACAAAGAUUGUUCUGACUACUACGUGAUAGGCAGACGAAGCAGCGAGACCUACAGAGUCACCCCUGACCCCAGGAACAGCAGCUUCGAGGUGCUGUGCGACAUGGAGACGCUGGGCGGGGGCUGGACGGUGCUGCAGGCCCGGCUGGAUGGCAGCACCAACUUCUCCAGAGGCUGGCGUGACUACAAGGCUGGCUUCGGCAACCUGCGCCGCGAGUUCUGGCUGGGCAACGACAGGAUCCACCUGCUGACCAAGAGCAAGGAGAUGGUCCUGCGGGUGGACCUGGAGGACUUUGAGGGCAUCAGGCUCUAUGCCGAGUACGACCACUUCUACGUGGCUAACGAGUUCCUCAAGUACCGGCUGCACUUGGGGAACUACAACGGCACAGCCGGGGAUGCCCUGCGCUUCAGCAAGCACUACAACCACGACCUGAGGUUCUUCACCACCCCGGACAGGGACAACGACCGCUACCCCUCCGGCAACUGUGGCCGCUACUACAGUUCGGGCUGGUGGUUCGACGCCUGUCUUUCGGCAAACUUAAAUGGCAAAUACUACCACCAGAAGUACAAGGGGGUCCGCAACGGCAUUUUCUGGGGCACCUGGCCUGGGAUGAGUGACGCGCAACCCAACAGCUACCGGUCCUCCUUCAAAAGGGUCACGAUGAUGAUCAGACCCAGGCACUUCAGGCCGUGACUGCUGGGCCACCUCUCCAGGCCGCGGUAGCUGAUCGUGCAAGUCGUGCCCUCAGCCCCAGCCCGUCGGGGUUCUGCUUAUUCCUGCUCCUGUUCCAGCCAGCAGGUGCGCUCCCAGCAUAGGUGCUAAUGCUACUAGUGUUUGCAACAAAGCCGAAAACAGGCAUUUUAGAGACUCCCUCGUUGCUGUUAACCAAGGGAUGCAUGUCAGCAUUGGAAAUGUUAGAUUCUGUUUAAAAGUCUUUUAAGUUCUAUUAGUUAGAAUCGCUUCGUUGUUUGUAUUAUGUUCUGUUAUAAAAAGUGUUUUUAUUCAGCAAGCUAGAUUCUGCAGAAAGCACGCUCCAUUCGGGCUAUGGCUGAACCUGCGGAUUUGAAAAUCUGUCACUCUUUUCAGGCUAGAAAUGUUUAUUUGUGUAUUUGUCUCUUGACUCUGCAACUUUUAUUCUGAGAUAAGCUCACUCAUUUUAUGGCAUUUAUUUUGGGCCAGGAAGACUUUGCAGUGUCUUAAUUUCCAAGUAAAGGAAAUCAUGUAUGUAAUUAAACCUGUUCAUGUAACACUCAUGACUUUAAAAUACGGCCUUUUCUUGCCAUUUGCAUUUGGCACAUGUUUAAUACUGUAAAAUGCGGUAGCAGUUUCAUCAAGAAAACAUGCAGCAAUAACAUAACUUUGAAAACCUUGGUUUAAAGUACUUCAUUUCUGGCCUGUAACUUGUUAGUCUCCUAAGGGUAAAAACCACUCUAACAUAAUGAUUACCUUUCUCAGUUCAGUUUCUACAGUAGUUCUUUUAAUUUGAGAUUGCUCCUACUGUGCUAGACUACUGGUUGCUUUUCUUUUGGGGAUAAAAUGGGCAGGGAAAGAUCUAUUUAUACUUUGAAGGCCAAUUUUAUAUGCAGUGUCUUAGUAUCACUGUGCCUGAGUAUCUUAGUGCCUGAGUGAUACUUGAUAGAAGCCAACUUUUAUAGAAUGAAUAAGUAUAUUUAUUAAAAACAUUUGAACUAUAUAAAAUAGUAGCUGAUAUUACAUAUUUCAACUUAACAAAUGCACUUCUUAUUUUGCUAUCAGAAAUUCAAAGACAUGUAUUUUUUUAACCAAAUGAAAAUACCUGGAUCUAAGUGUUUAAAGUAACCCUCUAUGAGCUAAGUAUUGUACUGAAAUGAUUAUUAAAAUGCAUUUAAUCAUCAUGAGAAGUAUUGUUUUAGAAAGAACAGCAGUAUUCUGUACAUUUUAAAAACCCUAUCAAUUUGAAAAUUUGAAGUAUCAUACUGUAUGUAAGUCGUAGCAACAAGUUUGACCUUUAACUUCUAGUGUAUUUUAAAUAACAAAUUUGCAAAAUGUAUUGACAAAGAUGCAACUUUGCCUGUUCUUUGAAAAUAAUUAAGGGGCUGGGCAUGGUGGUGUAAACCUGUAAUCCCAGCUCUGGAGAGGCUGAGGCGGGAUGAUUCCUUAGUGGUAGAGGCCAGCCUGGACUACAUGGUGAAACCCUGUCUCAAAAAACAAACGCAUUUUUUUUUAAAAAAAGAAACUGAUUAAGGAUGACAGUAGUUUUAGGUAAUAAGUUAGUUGUUCAAAUAUUUAACCCUUUAGAAAAUCUUUUUUUAAAAAAGCAAACAAGAUAUUCUCUCAAAAAUAUUUAACACAAGGUUUUCAGGAAAGUAUUAUACAAAAUAAGUAAUUAGAAAUAUUAUUAAAAUAUUAGAGUAAGUGCAAAUAGAAUUAAAUGAUGGUCAAAAUGUAAAAUACAAAUUUCAAGGCUAUGUAUCUACUAGUGGUACUAAAUGUAAAGGAUAUAACCAAUUUUAUUUUUUUCUUUUAUUCACUUUUUUAAAAAGAUGUAAGAAGAUUUGAAUACAUUUUGAUGUUACACAAUGUAUUGUGUCAGAUAAAGGCAUUUAUGUGCUAAGUGUAAUUACUAAUACAUGUAUAAGUUAAGUAAAUUUCUGUCAGAUAUAAAAAAUGUACUUAUCUCAAGAUACAGUUCUAACGAAACUUAUGCUUAUUGAAAGAGUGCCCACUGAUUUUAAUGGGAAUUAGUCAUCAUUUCAGGGAAAUCUGGCAAAUAAUCAUGAAUCCACAUGAAUGCUCUAUCUCUGCACAUUUUUUCAAAGGAUCAAGACUUUAUUUUCUACCAUUUUUUAUGACACUUUCCUAACAAAUUCCUUAACACAGAAAUUUCUUUUUGGGAUAAUUUCUGUCAUUGAUUGUACAAUCUAUUCUAGACUGUGACAAUCUUUAACGUGUUAAUAGUAGGCUGUAUCUGAAGACCCCUUUGCCUUAAUAUAACUAUUUACUAAUAAAUGAUAAUGUUCAUAAA